AUGUCAUCAAAUUUGACUUCAUCAUGUUUUCUUCAAGAAAUGGCUUAUCCACCAUAUUGUAUUCAACCAUUAAAAUCUUGGGGUAUGAUUGCAAUUGGAGGUGGAGGUGGUACAGCAAAAACUGGUGUAACAAAUGCUGUUGAUUUAAAAUGGAUCUAUUUAAAUCAAUCAUCAGAUCCAACUAAUACUAAAUGUUCAAUACAAAAUGUGAAUAGUUUUACACAACAUGAUAGUGUUAUGCGAAUGGUUUCAUUACGUAAACAACAUGAAUAUCUUAUAUUAGCACUGAAUCGUCAAUUAAAAGUUAUUAUGCUUAAAGCAUCACAACGUGAUAUAGAUAGUGGAUUAGCAAUGAAUGCUGUAUUAUCUUCAACACCACAUACUCCAGAGAGUGUACCAGUUGCUCCAGUACCUAGACAUGUACGUCGACGACAUAAUUCAUCAACAUCCUCUGUAACAGAUCCAAUAAAUAUGCAACAUCGUUCAUCAGUUGUACUUCAUAGAAAUGGACAAGCAACUGUUGAUGCUCUUGGAAAUGAAAAUACAAUUGUUCAAUCACCAACAAGUCGUUCAACUUCAUUUAGUUUUCCAUCAGGCAUAGCAACAGUUAUGAAUAAUAUUUAUACAGUUCCAAUACAAGAACAAGAAUAUGUUAAUGCACUUGUAGUUUGUCCAGCUACACAAUCGAAACUUUUUGUUGGUGCAAGUGAUGGUUCAUUAACAAUCUAUGAAAUAAUUUGGCCAGCUACAUCAUCAGCAGAUCGUUUAAUACAAUUAAAAUUAUUAACAUCAUUUACAGCACAUAAGAAAGAAAUUGAUGAUUUAGCUGUUGAUCCAUUUGGAACUUGGCUUAUUAGUGUAUCACGUGAUUAUCAUGUUCAAAUUCGUCAAUGUACAUCAACAUUUGAUAAACAUGAUGAACUUGAUUUAUGUCAAUUUGGUAUGAAUAAAACAUCAAAAACACCAAAGCCACUUUAUCGUAUUCGACAUGUUCGUUUUGGUAUUGUACCAAAAUCAUCAUCAUCAAAUGCAACAUAUUUUUUAUAUACAAGUCUUAUACCUCAAGCUAUUGUUGAUAAAUCAGCUAGUUAUAUUGUUCAAUGGACAGAAAAUAAACGUCAAUUUAUUGUUCGACAACGUCUUCUUGUUUCAUAUGAUCGAAUCUCAGCUAUAGCGGUUAGUAAUUGUGGUCAAUAUGUGUCUGUUGGUGAUUCAGGUGGUUGUGUACGAAUAUAUGAAAGUAAUCGUUUAAAAUUAUUAUAUGAACAUCGAGCACAUUCAAUAUUUGUAACCGAUUUAGCUUUUAUUUUACGUGAAGAAAAUUAUUUAUAUGAAACAAGUGUAUUAAGUAUAAGUGCGGACAAAAAUCUUUAUGUGCAUAAUGUACAUCCGCCACAAACAAAUAUUUUUUCUGUUUCAUUUUUAAUUGUUAUUGGUCUUUUGUUGCUCUUUUUAUUUUUAUCACAAAUUCGCUUUAGGUUACAUUAA